ACAGGUCUUUUGCAAGGUAAAGAGUAAGGGAGAUGGUUUAUAAUGCUGGAAGCAAGAGUAAUGCCAGCUGGGAAUAUGUCUGGAACUUCAUUGCUUGCAAGCAGAGUGGGAUGCGGGUUACUGGAGUGGGAGGAGAUGGGUUAUUUGUGUUUGGACCUGCUGGAUAACUUAGGCCGUACCUGGGAGCAGUGAGGACUUGGCAGCCCCUUGAGUUCCCUCCAUGCUGACAGGUAUUUUUCAAAGGAGCAGCAGGGAAGGUGCCAAAAUCAGAAAGAAUUUGGUCCUAAUUCCCUGGAUAUCCCAGCCUGCGGAUUUCCCGCACAUCCUUUCCUUUUCUCUUGGCUGUGAGGAUUUGCAAGGUGCUUGGCUGCAGCACGUUUCCCUGGAUGUCCUGCCACCCUGCCCGUCUUCCUGGAGGCAGGAAUUCUCCCAGGAAAUCCCCCUGAGCUCCCUCCUCCUCCUCCUCCUCCUCCUCCAAGAAAGCCAAAAGCUGCCAUUAGAAAUCCGCUCUCUGUUUAAAUUUAGAUGCCUGCAUUAUCUUGAAUUUGGAUUUAUUAAUUAUUUGCAUCUGGUUCGUAUCAAAAAAAGUUGAGCAAUGCACAUGUCCUGGUUUCAGCACCAGCUUGGAGGAGAAACACAAAAUUGGUCAGCGUUUCUAUUGUCUCCUUAAACAAUGGCCCGCCAGAAGUGGCUGGGAAUUAUGAUCCCCUUUGUGGGGGUCUGACAUGAGUUAAGCAUCCAUCCAACUGGUGCGAUCUCUAUGGGUGACUACGGCUCAUUUCCCAGCUGUGGAGAUUAGUCUAAUUAGCAGAGGAAAUCUGGGUAAGGCGAGCUCUUGUAAUUAGCAAUCAGUUGGAUGUUUCCAAUGCACUUUCUUUGCCUGAGGGGUAGAGAGGCUUAGCAGAUGGCCCCGUUUUUGGGAGCAGGGAGAACUUUGGACAAGUCAAAGUGAAUGGAGCUGGAGCUGCUGGUGGGUCCCCCUGAUCCUGGGUGUUGCUGCAUCCUAUUUGCCCAUCAGGACUUUCUUACCUGGGGGAGCCCAUCAACUACAGGGUGGAAGGCAAAGAGACAGACCCGUCUGUCCCCCUAAACCACUCCAGCAUUGUCUUUCCCUGUAGCCUGCUGUCCUGAAUCAUAUUCCAUGUGACAAUGGUAGCCCUGGUGGCUCUUGGCUGCUGUCUGGGAUGAGUGACUUGAGGACAGGACACCAACAAGAUACUUCUCCAGAGCUUGGCCCGGAAAGGAGUUGAUGUGUCCAUCAGCAAGUGCUUAGUAGAAGUGGUUGUGUGUUAAUGUCUUGUUCAUUCUGCCCUUCACUUGGGGAAACUGAGGUCUCUGCUGCUGCAGAAAGAGAAGUGAGGAACAUUUCACACUAAUGAACCAUGCCCUUCAGGUGACGGGCAGGGGGUGGUCUCAGUUGGCGUCUCCUGGGCUGCAGCGAAGGUGAAAAUUCAUCACCAGCCCAGUUAAAACCAGGUGUGAGAGCCCCAGCACAGGACCAGAAGGUGUUUCCUGCUGAGAAGGGGGAUAAUCCUUCCUACACUGGGUUAAUUAGCAUUACUGGGUUUCUGUGAAAGCUUGUGUGAGGGACCUUAAUUAAUUAUGAUUGAUUAAUGGGUGUCCCUAGCAAAAGCUGAAGCUGGAGAGAGAGAUUUUGUCACUGUGUUGGGAACACGCUUUUGCUGGGGUCACGACAGGGAGAUAUGCGCCAAGGGACCGAGCCCAGAGGAAGCUUUGCAGCUUUGAGCUGUGAGCUUCUGGUGAGUGCUGGGAUGGUGACAGGGUUUUCUUCCACUGGCAGAGUCCCAGAAAGGUGCCCAGUGGCUUUUGAUCUUCUUUCUUCCCUCUGGACACUUUUAAUGUGUAGCCAAAGGGGGAGAUUUGAAGAGAAUUGAGAAAAAUAGGAAGGAGGCACCACAUGGACAAAGAUGUGGGGCCUCAAACACCCCGAGCGUCCAAGGUGAUGGUUGCACCAUGUGCCGCGACUGAUGCUGCUCCUCCGCCAGCUUCUCUUCUCCUCCAGCUGGGAUGGAAGGAAGAGCAGCCGAGCUGGAGACAAUGACUGCCAAGAGUGCCAAAACCAAUGGACCCACAUGGGAGCCAGAGGCGGGGGGAACUAAACCACCAGUGCCCCCCGCCCCAUCGCGGCGCCGGGGACGCAGGCUGCAGCACGAGUCACCGCCAGAGGUCCCGGUGAAAGGGCAGCUUCGCAUGCGCUCGCCAUCAGGAGCCUUCGUCAUGGUGGGCAUCUCAGUGGUGCUGGUGGGUAUGACCAUCGCUGUGGUGGGCUACUGGCCCCACAGAGGACCUGGGAGCAGUGGGGCCAGCAUGGGAAAUGCCAGCAUUGCUGGGGACAUGAGGAGGGAGGUGGCUGCUGGGCGCCAUGUGCCCCACAGUGAGAAGCUUAAGCUGAUCGGCCCUGUCAUCAUGGGCAUUGGGCUGUUCAUCUUCAUCUGCGCCAACACCAUGCUGUACGAAAACAGGGACAUGGAGACGCGCAGGCUGAUGCAGAAAGGUCUCUACUCCAUAGCGGGUCUCCCUGAGGGGACUGGCCCUGAGGAUGAGCACGGGCAGCAUGGAGACAGCCAGCACACCCCCGAGGACAAUGCUGAGUGCGUGGAGGGCUGCUACCAGGUGGAUCUUUCCCGCCCAUCCUGCCCUGGCCCUGGCAGCAAGUGGUCUGACUGCUAUGGUCUCAACAGACUCCAGACCAUGGCUGAGCUCCUCCAGCACCCUGGAGCAUCAUCCCCCGCUGCCUCCCUCCUUAGCCUCUGCUCCGGCACCUCUGCCGAAGCUAACCUCAGCCUCUCCAGCCAUGCCAGAGCCGAGUCCCUCCUCUCCUCAGCUGUCGGUGCUUUGGCAUUGCCUAUCAUCAAGCUCAACAACCGCUUGCUGGAUGCAGCAGCACGGGGAGCCAGUGAAAAGGCAGAGGGGAGCACUGCCGAGCUCCCCACUGAAGCACUGCGGCUUGCCCGGGCUCCACUCUCCACCAGCAGCAGCAUCGUGCCCUGUGGCCAGGACCGUGGUGGUGGACAUGUCAUCAUCAACAUGGAUGGUGGCUGCCUUGGCACAGAGCUGGUGGCAGCUGAGCUCAGCCUGGAUGCGCAGCUCCACACCCCAGGACACUCCAAGUCUCUGGACCUUGGCCAGCCAGGGGUGCUGCUGGUGGCUCCCAUCAAGGACCGUAAGAACCGGAGCUGGCCCCGCCUGGAGCAUGUCAGCCUCAUGGGUUACGCCAAACUGGAAAGCACUGGCGAAUCCUCAGACAGGCUGCUGGAGCCUGGCGAGCCCAAGGGCCAGGGCUCACCCCGGCCCAGCUCCUGGGUGGUGGGGAUGGAGCAAGAUGCGCAGGUCUGACAACCCCACAGCCCUUGGGGACCAUGACAUUGCAGUCCCUUGUCCUGGCCACCAGCAACCCCAAAACUCCCCAUGCAGGAGGGGUUGUGGGGUUGUGUUUUUAAGCAGAUGCCAAGAGGGAGGUCCUGACCUGAUGCUCCUGGGGGAGGACUUGCCUGGAGUGGAAUGUCUUCUCCUGGCUUCCUCUCAAUAGCUUCCUGGUGGAUACCCCUGGCCUUACAAGCCCUUCUGGUGGCUUUUUUGUGGGAGGUCUCACUUUGGGAUGCGACACAAACUGUGGGGUGGGGGUGAGCAAAGCCCCUCCAGCCCCCACGGCACUUUAUUUCAUCAGGGUUGGGGUGGGGCAACAUUUGGUGGGGGGUGGUGUCUCUUUGCCAAGCCUCACCCCACCCAGAAAUUCACUUGACCGGAGCACGUAAGCCUGAUGGGGCUAUUAAAUAUUAUCUGGAUGCCAUGCGGUCCCACCUUGCUUUGUCUUGCCUGUGGGAUGCUCAGGGUGGGCAGCACAGCUGCAGGAACCGGUCCUGAAGGGUCUCUGAGGCCGUGCUGUGCCUGCCCAGGCUCGGCUGGAGAGAGUAAGGAUGCUCUAUAACCAGCUGCUGAAUAUUUGCAGGACAAGGUGGUAAGCUCAAGGUCUGGAAGGGAUUUAUUGUCUUUGACAACUUUUCAUUCAGGCUUUAACAGCUGCAGCCAGAGCUAAAGCUGAGCCUUGGGUCAUGACUUGGAAACCAGCAGCAAGAAGUUGGAGCCUGAAAUGCCACGAGGAGCAGCACCAGGAGCUGCUUCAGGGUUGUGUUUUAAUUUUCCUCCUUCAUUUUCUGUCUGAGGCUCAGCCCAACCUCAGAAGGCGGCUGCAACCCAAUGUGCAAGUGAUGGGUGAUGAGAGGAGAACCUGUCCUGCUCAGGCAUCCUCCUCCUGAUCCGGCGUCCAUGUAGUGAUAGGAUGAGGGGGAAAUGGAUAUGAAUUAGAGAGGGGCAGAUUUAGACUACACAUAAGGAGGAAUUUCUUCACGAUGAGGGUAGGGAGGCCCUGGCCCAGGUUGCCCAGAGCAGUGGUGGCUGCCCCAUCCCUGGAGGUGUUCAAGGCCAGGUUGGAUGGGGCUUUGGGCAACCUGAUCCAGUGGGAGGUGUCCCUGCCCAUUGUAGGGGGGUUGGAAUUAGGUAUCUUUAAGGUUCCUUCCAACUCAAACCAUUCUAUGAUCCUCCUCCUGCCCCAAAGGUGCCUGGAGAGCUGCAGGCAGCAAGCAAGGUGGUGCUGCCCACCCUCCUGCUGUAAUAUUAAACUGAAAUGGCUGGGUACAACAGCUGCCGAAGCCUGUCUGUAGGUGAGGGUUUAUUUAUGCUGUUUUGUGGUGGGGUGAAGGAUGCGGGUACUGGGAGGGUGUGAGGGAUGUGAUGGGGCAGGGGUGAGUAGUGGGGCUGGUUUUGCCAGGCCCUGUUGGCUGCCAUUGUGGGUUUUGGUGCCCUUUGAAUGCAGAACAAGAGCUGCAUAGGAUGAGGCUGGAGAACCAGCCUUGGAGCCAGGGUGGUGCAAUCACCAGAGAGAAGGUAGCACAGAAGCAACGUCCUGCAAAAAAACAUCACGGUAGGAAAAUACAGUAGAAAAAUGUGGAGAAAAUAAAAAAUUAAAUAGAAAACCAGGGUUCCCUAUGUUGGGUGAGGAUGCACUGUGGGUUACAGUGUUUCUUUUCCCUGCUUUACAAGAAAAAGUUCUGUGUCUGAUGCAAACUCUCCCAAAAACUCUGAGUACCAGCAUCCCCUUUACAGGGAAGCAACAACAGGGCUGAUGGCUGUGGUUUCGCUGGAGGCGCUACCAGCCUACACCUCAACUCUUUCUUCGGCUGCUUAAUCUCAAAAUUAUUUAGGCACUGGUUCAAAUGCAAUAAACAGCAACAACAAAAAGUCACCGUCGGGGUCUGUCCCGCAGCAGCAUCCCAGGAGAUGUGCUCAGAGGUUGUUUUCAGCUGAAAAUGACUUUUCAUUUGGGCUGAACCAGCGGCCAGAGGUAAAGUCAGGCCUUGGGCCAUGAUUCGGAAGCCAGCAGCAAGAAAUUGGAGCCUGAAAUGCCACAAGGAGCCACAUCAGGAGCUGCUUCAGGGCUCGGAAGAUUUUUAAUUUUCCUUCUUCAUUUUCUGGCUGGGACUCAGACCCACCUUGAGAAGUGGCUGCAACCCAGAUGAUGGGUGAUGAGAGGGGAGCCUGUCCUGCCCCAGCAUCGUCCUCCCACUUGAGCAUCUUCCACCUGCCCCAGCAUCCUCCUGCCCAACUCAGCAGCAUAUGAGGAAGAGGCAUUUCUGAGCCACACAGGAAUCGUUUCAAAAUGCAAAGCUGCUUAAUUAAUCCAGUGUGGUUGAGAAGACCCGUGCUCUCUCCAGGGAGACCAUCAUCUGCGUAUCCCUCACCUGCAGCUCUGCCUGUGGACACGGUUUCAAGAGUGUUUGUGGGAUUUUAACAAUGUCUAAUCCUGCCGUGGAUGCUUUCAUCCCCAUGCUGUCCCUGCAUCGUGCUGGAAAUAAGACUGGGUAGGGAUAGAUUUGGGUUUGAAAAGAGACAUUUAAAAAUAAAGCAAAAAAUUACAUCCUGGAUGCCUCUGUUGACCCUGUUUGGCUGCAGAGCUGUGAAGUCAAACCAUCCUGGAAGCACUGGAGAUCUCACACUGUAGCAAUGCUGGAUGUAUCUUCUCACCCCGCCCAGGACCCACUUCUGUAUGACAUUAUCAGCCACUGGCAUCUCCCCACCUUAGGAGGGCCCUGCUGCAGGAGGAAAUUCCUGUCAAGAAAAGGGGGAUUUCACCAAAAAAAGCAGCCAAAGGAACUAGUGGGGUUGUCCCCAAUGCUGCCCAGGACUGACCACGGGCGUCCCUCGGGUCACCAUGGCAAAGGAUGAAUCAUAGAAUCGUAGAAUCACCAGGUUGGAAAUGAGUCACUGGAUCAUCGAGUCCAACCAUUCCUAACGCUCCCUAACACACUUCCUAACACAGGCAGGAGGGACUCUGCUAAUUGCAAUUAUUCCACACCAGCAAGGGACCUCUUGUCUGGCAAUGGAACAGCUGUAGUUUGGGCCAAAAAUGGACAAAAUGUGGAAAAUAGAGUAGAGGAAAGCCUUGAUGUAAGCUGUGUGCGAGAGAUGUGCCCUGGGGAGGGUGCAGACUCCAGAUGGCUGUAAGAAGUGUCCAUGCCACAGCCACCCCAGACAGCAUCGGUGGGUGUCAGGCUGGGACUCCAGGGCAGGGGUGGUGGUGGGGUGGGGUAAUAACCCCAGAUCAGCUCAUCCAGAUCAGCUCCUACCCCACACCGGAUGCUGCUCAGAUCAUCAUCUCCCACCGAGAUGCAUUCCUAGGCUGGCUGGUAGCCCUUCCUCCUCCUCUCCCUGCAGCCAUGACUCUGACGGGCCAGUAAACCCUUCUUUAAGAUUUAAAGUCUCUGUGAAAGAGAGUACUCAGCUAGCAGCCCUGCACUUGUAGUACAGCCAGGGAAUGCAAAUGUUGGUGCAUUAUUUAGGGCAAGUGCUCUCUGCUAUAAAUCUCCUUUGCAAGGCGCUGGGAAGGUGAAGUGUCAGGGCUUCUUGUGCCGGAACUGAGGCUGGCACUGUUGUGAUGUGCAUGGAGAAACAGCACAGUGCUUUGCACCUUCUGUUUAAAGAUGAGGACCCCCUAAGCAGGGGUGAGAGGAGUGAUGGGGUGUGGAUGUGCUCCCUGGUGUGUAAAGCCUUAUGACCCUUUAGCAAGGCCUGUAGGGUGCUGCUUUUGAUGCUUUAUUUAAAAGAAAGGAAAUAAUUGUGGUGCAAGGUGCCUCUCCAUAUUAACGAGCUGGUUCUGAGCCAAGGGCAUCCAUCUCUGUGCUUCCCAGCAUCUGAGGGAUCCAGGCUGGAGCUGGAGCAGAUUUGGCAGUGGUUGCUUGAUUUAACUUUCUUUGCUUUAUUUUUUGGCUCUUGUGGGUUGGGGGUGCCCUGCCCAGACUCACUGACACCCCAGGGUCUGCCCAUUUCUCCUGCUGCAGAAAUGGUCUGAGCAACGUGGGGCUGGGUGGAAUGAGGUGAGCUGAGAUCCAAAGCCUGAGUGCCCUAUCAGCUGUUAUCAGCGUAUGUGCCAUCCCAACAGCCAGAGCCCAAAUCUCCAGGGCUGUGGCUUGGAGCCCAUCAGGAAGCCCUGCCCUUGUUGGAGUCAAACAAGAGGAAGGAAAGGUUGCACAGAUAGUGGGAUCUCUUUGGCCUGCAAGGGGCUAACUACCACUUAGGGUACUUUUAAGGGGUUGGAAUUUGGGCCUUGAGAUUGCUACCCCAGGGAAACAGUUUCACCUUGAGAAGCUUGGUAGGAUGUGGGUGUUGGGGGAAAGCUUGUGCCUUGAAGUUUUACUGCUCUGUGGGCAGAGCAGCGUGCAGGUCAGGAAUCACUGUGUGUAGCACCGUGGGGACUCAAUUGCACCAAAGUGUGGGCAGCUUUGGAGUCUGGAUCAGUCUCAGUGUCCCUUAGAGAGCAGGAUGGGCAGGAGCUGUGUGGCUGCCUGUGUGAGAUGAGAUGUGCCAGGGACUGCUGGAGACCGGAGCAGAAGAGCAGGGAGCUGCUCCGGCACAAAAAUGCUCCCAUGGCACCAAAUGCUGUGGCUGAGAGGUCCCCCGGUUCCCAGAUGCACUCACCACCCCAUCCCAGGUGAGCAUCUGGGCAUGGAUUUGCACUGGGACAACUGGUCUGUGCCACCAGCAGCUCUGCAAGCUUCUCUGGUACUCGCCAAGGGAAGUGGGAAGUAUCCAGCCAUCUGUCCUGCUCCAUGGGGUGAAGGAGGGGCCAGACUCUGGCCAGGGAGCUGCCGCUUCACCCCUGUCAGGUUUUGGAGGGGGAGGCGAGAUGGCAGUGGUAAUGGAGUGAUGCCACUUCAGGUCUGCAGUGUUUGGAAAGGCCAUUGUGAAACAACUGGGCUGUACUGGUGUGUACUGGGUUGUAAUCAUGUCUAUUGAUUUGGUUUUCCAGCCUCUCAGGGGCUGGCGUAGUCCCAGGAUGCGCUGCAGAGUGAUGGGGAUGCUCUGCUCCCCCAAACCAACUUGAGCGGUUCCUUCUGGGGGGGCAUUGAGCCCCUAGAGCUGGUGUGGGAGCCAAGAGUUGCUAGGGAUGAUGCUGACAGACCUGCACGUGUCCUGAAGCGGUGCUUAUCUGAGAGAGAUGAGGAUGAAGUGGGAAUGAACCCGGUGCUGUGGAAUGGGAGGUCACUCCCUGCCUCUGGCUUUGAUUUUUAUAUCCUGUGCCUCAGUUUUCCCAGUUAUGGAGCUCAGGGCUUACUCCAGCGCGUCCCACCUGGCCCAUUGCAAAUGCAGUUUCUCCCUUUCAACCCUGUUUAUCCUGGACCCUAAACCACCCCGUUUUCUCCCAUCUAGAAGUGACGAAGGCAGCCCCACUGCUUGCCUGUCUCCCGCAGCAAUUCCCUGCGGAGCCCUGAGAGCAGCCCUGACCCCGGGGCACCAAGCUGACCCCCGGGAACACGACUGGCUGCCUCAGCCCCCAAAAUGAGAUGACUUAAAAUGACUUAAAAAUAGCUCAGGCUGGAACGAGCUGGUGUUUGAAUGGGAACUUUCUCCUCCCAGCAUCAUGGCUGCUCCUCUGGGUCCUGAGUCAGGGUCCAGGGUGGAGACUGGAGGAAGAACAAGGGAUAGGCAUGGGUGAUGAAGGGAAAUGACUUCUGUAGCUCCUUUCCAAAGGCUGGGACAUCUGAACUGGAGCCCUCGGUUUGGUGUGAGAUCUGGGGGCUGGAGCUGGCCCAAGGCUACCCAGGAGCCAGGGCUUGGCCCUCCAGGAGCCUGCAGGCGGCUGCUGCCUUCUGCUGGUGUUGGGACGAGGGGGGUGGGUUUCUGUUACUUGUUUGCAUCUCUCCAGAUUGUCAUGGUGCUUGUUUCCCUAAUAUUUUCCCUUGCUUGUAGCCAGGCAAAAUGCCAGAGGGCUUCAGGCUUGGCAACCUUUGCAGAUGAGGGGGAGGAAACUGAGGCAUUGGACUAAAAGGCAGCAACAAGGCUCAGAUGUCCCCUCUGCUCUGGCUAGAGGAGGGAAGGUGCCCAGCCAGAGAGAGACUUUAAGCAGGGGAGCUUAAUGGAAAAGCCUUUCCAGUCAUGGUGGUCUCAUGGUUGACAGCUCCAGGUCUCAGUGGCAGAGUGAGCAGUCGUGGCUGAGCAUUGUGUGGUUGGUGUUGGCUGUCACUGAGCUUGUCCUCUGCGGAAAUGAGCUGGGGACAUAUGUGCCCUGGGCAUUUGGGAUCAUAAAAUCAUGGAAUGGUUUGGGCUGGAAGGGACCUUAAAGUCCUUCCAGUUCCACACCCUGCCACGGGCAGGGACACCUCCCACUGGCUCAGCGGCUCCAAGCCCCAUCCAACCUGGCCUUGAACCCCUCCAGGGAUGGGGCAGCCACCACUGCUCUGGGCAACCUGGGCCAGGGCCUCCCCACCCUCACAGCAAAACAUUUCUUCCCAAGAUCUUUUCUCAAUCUCCCCUCCUUCAGCUGAAAACCAUUCCCCCUUGUCCUAUCCUUGCACUCCCUGAUCAAGAGCCCCUCCUCAGCUUUCCUGGAGCCCCUCUCAGUACUGGAAACUGCUCUAAGGUCUCCCUGCACCCUUCUCUUCUCCAGGCUGAAUAACCCACAACUCUCUCAGCCUGUCCUCAUGCAGAAGGUGCUCCAGCCUGUUUUGUGGGCUUUCGCUCACCAAGGCCUUGGAUCAUCUCUGUGGCCUCGUCUGGACUUGCCCCAACAGCUCCAUGUCCUUCCUGUGCUGAGGAUUCCAGAACUGGACAUGGGGCUCCUGGUUGGGUCUCACCAGAGCGGAGUCGCAGAAUCCCCUGCCUCACCCUGUUGGUUCCACUGCUUUGGAUACAGCCCAGGACUUGGCUGCCUUUCUGGGUCACCAGUGCACAUUGCUGGCUUGUGUUGAGCUUGUGGGACCAGGCCCCAGUGCCACCAAUGUCCCUGCAGUGCGUCUGGGCCAGUGCUGGGAAGGGGAUGGGAGCUCCUUGGGGAGGGCAGGGGCAGCACAGCACCCCCUCACUGCGGGGCUACUGUGAUGCAGGGCUCCCAAGGCUGAUGGGUUUUCUGCCAGGACAGACUUGAAGCCCAGCACCUCCACGUCAGGGAUGCUUCUGCUGUAUUGCCAGCAGAGCUCAUGCCUGCCCAGGAGCUGCAGGGAUGGGCUGGGACCCACCUCCAACUCCCUGGAAUUGGGCAGAGCUCGGAGAUGCUCCUGAGUGAUAAAUAGAGCAGAGGAGAGAGUGCAGGUGGUGUCUUGGCCAACUGGCUGCCAACUGACACCACAAAGUGCAGCUGAGCAGAGGAUUUCAGCUGCUUCUUGGCUGUUUCUCCGCCAACACAAAGUCUUUGGUGCCAUGCUUUUUGACUGGCUGUGCCUCAUCACACCAGUGCAUCAGCUGAAGGAGCUGGGACCUCCACAAGCCUUAGCUCCCCAUGACAGAGCUAUUUAAAGCGUGUUUUGGUGUGCUGGAACAUGGCAUGACUCUAAUGGGGUUGGACAAGGUGCCCGGGGCUGCCCCAGCCGCAUGCGACAGCCCGCACUAGCUUGGGGGAAAUAACACGAUGUUCGACUCUGCCUCCUUGUUUGAAGUAAAUCAAGUUGCUGUGACAUGAUACGGAACAGCAGCUCUGGUAGUGGCCAUUUCCCAACUAUCCAGGAUGUUUCGUGGCUCCUUUGCAAUUUUUGCUUUACAGUACAUUGAGAUUUAAUAUUUGCAGAGGCUUGAAAGCUCCUUGGCUAAAGGCAGGCUUCGAGUAAGAUGCAAUAACUUGUCUCCAGAGUAAUUUGAAUUAAUGGCACUUCGAGUGUGCAAAUACAGAUGCAUUCAUGAGCAGCAAUGGGGUCUCAUAAGCCUCCCCUUUCCAGCUGUCGGGGAAACUGAUGCACGGCAGGGUAGUACCGCAGGAAGGGAUGCUCUUCCCACCCAGUUCGCAGUCUCUGGCUGCCCUAACUGGGCCAACUGGCUCUCAGGCUGGUGGCCAAGAUGCCUCAUCAGCUUUCUGCUUGAUAUUUCUGUCCGUCCUAAAGGUGCUGCAGCGAGAAAAUGAGGUGGGACAAAAAAGCUUUGUGUUGGAUCAUCACCUCUGCUCCAGUUCAAUUGCACUUGCUUUGGGUGAGGCAGCAUCAGCUGAGCUAAAACCUCACCUGAGCUCACCCCAAAUUCAAUAGCUCAAAGAGUUUAGAUCAAAUGAUGAAGCUUUAGGGAAAAUCUGGACUCCAGGGCUCCGUUUCAGCCCUUUCUGGGGGCUUUGGUCUCACAUGUGGCCCUUCUGGGAGCAGUUUAAAGUGUCUGAAGUUACUGAGAGUGCAAGAAAAUGCAUCUGCCAGGGUGACACUUGGGUGGGAAUGGGUCUGGCUUAGGUCAGAGAAAGCAAAUUACCAUGAAGCCAGACUGGGAAGAAGUAAGAAGAAAUAACAAAAGUCUUCAGGGCCAAGGAAAGAGUUUUGUUUGAAAAUUUAUUGAAAAACGCAAUACAAGAAGCAAUACCGAACACUUACGGCUGUCUAAAGGCUACAGCAACUUUCCCUUUGAUUUACUAUGAAAGUCCAAAAGAACAGCUCCCAUCACUAGUUGAUCUAUAAAGAUCUGCCCACUUUAAAAGUUCCUAUUUUUAUAAAGCAGAGUGUAAAUGCUAGCCUAGACAAUUCACAAUUGCCUUAAAAAAAUUUUACAAAGCUCCUUCAUCUUCUCAGCUAAAUUAUUUUAUUAUUUUCUUUACAAGUUCCAUCUCUAAGGCUGGGACGCUACCACCUCUUAAGGUAAUUGUACAAUUAGGAAAUCAGCAAACCACAGUUUAGUAAAACCAGAAAGCAGUCAGUACUUUGCUAACAUAUCUGUGUUCGUCAGAGAUUACUAUUGGGCAACCAAAGCUGCCGUUCCAGUUUAAUGGAGAACAUGAGCUCCUUGCCUUCCUUUCUAUAAAAACAUUCAUUCAUAUAUAAAUAGCUUCCAUAUAAUGUAUAUCAUACAAUCAAGAGAGUCUCUGGGUGAAGUGGUGGAGUGGGAAGACCUGGGAACAUUCAUAUAAAUAGACCCUACUUAGCUGGUUUGUCCCUAGAAAUAACACAGCACGCUAAAAGCCAAGGUUUAAAAACCCCAUCGGAGGUGGAAGGGGUGUGGACAGCCCCAACUACGGAUGAAAGAAGCUUCUUCUCUCUUAUUGUUUACCUUCUUCACAGGCUGCUGCUGCUCCUGUCCAGCUCUUGGGCAUGGAGGCAGCCGUGUUGGCUGAAGGGUGAGCAGGGCUGAAGUCUCGCAUGGGGCGACGGCAAAGGUCAGACGAGGCAAAAACUUGUUUAAAAUACUUGAGGAGAAGCAAGAACUUAGAAGGGGGAAGUGUGAGAAUGAACAACUUGGAAACAAUCACCCAAAAUUCAGGAAUAAAGAAUAAAAGAGGAUUAUUCUACUCCACAAGCCCUUAAAAAGGGAUGCGCACAGCCACAGUGAACACGUCCUUGUAGCAAGGAACCACCCCUCGUGCCAGCACUCUACAAAUUUCCUGCUCAGGGUGUUUUGUGCCACUUGGGGUGUUUUGUGCCACUCAUCGUGCCCAGGGCACAGGACAACCCAGCUGAACACCCAGGGCCAAGCUUCAGUCUUGCACCAAGUUCCCUAAAUGCUCGUGACAGUCCGAGUGCCUUUAAGUGCUCUGGACAAACAUGAUUUCUCACACUGGCUUUGUCUGGCAAAGCUCAGAACUCCUCUCCCUGACUCCUCGCCAUGCCCGCUCACUCCUCAGGGACUGCUGCAGGGUGAGAAGGGAGCUCAAAGCCUGAUUCCCAGAAAAGGGACGUUCUCAGAGAGAUGCUCAGCGCGAUGGGGGUUUAAGGCAAGCGUUACCCAACUAUGUUGAGGACAGCACGGAUGCAGACCUGUUAAAGGAUCUGCGCCGCAGAAUAAGGAAGGAAAGGGCUGUUCAGACAUAAAUAUGAAGACAACAUCUCUACGCUACACUGUGGAGGCCAGGACUCCCUAAAUCCCCACAGCAAGAUGCCCGGUACCCAGUCGGAAGCAGAGCAUCACGGGUGGGGACCACAGACUUAGAGCAGCCCAAGAAGCAGCUACUGGCAUGGGAAGGCAAAAAUUCAGCAGCUCCAGCAGUUUCAGCAUAGUCUCCAAUCAAUAGUGAUAGCUUAAUUAAAAUUGUACCUGAAUCGGAGAAGCUACACCAGCCCUGGUAUAGUUCAAAGGCUGUUUGCAGCUAAACAGCAAGUUGUUGCAGCUUGAGCUAAAUCCAGUGACUUCUGAACCACAUUAUUCAAAUUUAAAACAGCAGAGAGCUUUUUUUAUUGCCCUUUUCUUCCCAUCCUCAACUGAGGAGCAGCACAGCACUCCAUGCCGUCAGCUACCAAUGUGCCACACUAUAUAUAUUAAAAACAAAAGAAAUCACAACCUCAAAAUGUACUGAAGUGUUCACUAGUGUCCGGGCAGACUCUUCACAGAGCUUUUCCCCCCUCCCCCCCCUCCUUUUUAUAUUUCAAUGCUGGAAGGAGAAACCAGG